AUUCUUGCUGCACUUAUUGAUCUCCAGGGCGCCGUAUCUGACGCAAUUAACGCAUUACAGAGCUUAAUCGACGCGUUGGGUCGCAAAAGACGUAGAAGAAAGAGGGAUCUCUCAGCCGACCUCACCUGCAUAGAUAUGUUAGUGGAUAAAUUGUCCGCCGCACUCAAUGAUAUAUCCACAGCAAUCGAAAAUAGAGACACUCAGACUAUCAAAUCCCUUACUAGUAAUCUGAAAAUUUGUACAAUCAACAUCUUGAAAACCAACUCCAACAUGGUGACAUCAGAAACCUACCCUGCGGUGCGCCAGUCACAUACAAAGUUACAGAGUCUCUUCCCUAUAGUUUCAACUGCAUAUGUUACCGUGUAUAUGAAAGCAAAAGAUCUCAUAAAGGAACUGGAGAACAUGGGCGUGACGGGGCUGCCCACGGUGCCGCCUCCCACGUUGCCUGCCGUCACCACCGUAACACUUCCAAUAAUAACCUUUACGACUACUAAACAAAUAACAACAGACACGACGACUGCAGGACAAGUAACAACAGACACGACGACUGCGAGACAAGUAACAACAGACACAACGACUACGAGACAAGUAACAACAGACACGACGACUGCGGGACAAGUAACAACAGACACGACGACUACGGGACAAGUAACAACAGACACGACGACUACGAGACAAGUAACAACAGACACGACGACUACGAGACAAGUAACAACAGACACGACGACUACGGGACAAGUAACAACAGACACGACGACUGCGGGACAAGUAACAACAGACACGACGACUGCGGGACAAGUAACAACAGACACGACGACUGCGGGACAAGUAACAACAGACACGACGACUGCGGGACAAGUAACAACAGACACGACGACUGCGGGACAAGUAACAACAGACACGACGACUACGGGACAAGUAACAACAGACACGACGACUACGGGACAAGUAACAACAGACACGACGACUGCGGGACAAGUAACAACAGACACGACGACUGCGGGACAAGUAACAACAGACACGACGACUAAGGGACAAGUAACAACAGACACAACGACUGAUACCACCACAACGGCUGAUUCUACCACGACGGCUACUACCACUACAACAGCUGAUAGUAGUACCACAACGACGUGAACAAUCAACCGCAUCAGAGUAGUUAGGUGGAUAGAUGGAAAAUAUAGAAAAUUUAGUAAGAGGCGGAGCAUCACACUAACACUUGCAGAUACUAUUAUUACAUAACAACAACAACAACAACAACAACAACGACAACAACAACAACAACAACAACAACAACAACAACGACAACAACAACAACAACAACAACAACAACAAUAGUAAUAAUAAUAGUAAAAAGAAGAAGAAGAAGAAGAAUUGUUUUAAUAAUGAUAAUGGUAAUGCGAAAAUGUGAAAAAAGGAUACAAGAAAGGAGAAAAAGAAGAAAACACACGGUCAUAUCAAUACAGUCCUUUUUAUAGGUGCUACUCUAGCCAAGUAAUAAUCCCUCUCUAUCUAUAAUUUAUCUCUAAGGAGCAACUCAAGACUAUGAGAGCCAAGAGAGUGAGUGGAUCCUCGCUCACACCUUCCAACGUGGUGGAAUUGAGGUGUUUGGUGAGGGCCGGAAUGGGAGGCUUUGUAUCGCCGCUUUCCACAUUGUGUGACACAAAUACAGCACUGCAUUCAGAGAUAAACGUUUUUCUUUACCUGCUUCGUUAUGUAUGGGUAUGAAGUGCUUUACGGAUGACCUCUUCCAUUACUGAGUCUUGGUCACCCUCUCACGUGGGUUGUCGUAAAACUUUUGUUGAUAUCUUAGGCAUCUCCAAAGUUGUUGCCGUACGUCAUGGCAUAAACCUUUGCUUUCUAAGCUACUUUACAACGGAUUUUAUCCCUCACUCUGUGUCUUCAUCUCGUUUCCUCUCCGGUAGAUACAUUGUUGCUGUAGCAAACGAUCACAGUUCGUCUAAGUAAUGGAAUUCCCUGGGACUCGUUCAUCACCUUUUCUAAAUGUUUCUCGACUCUCGAUUUUCGUAUCCACCUUUAUGUUUCUCUCUACUCUGCUUUUUUUUUAGAGAUUAAAUGAGACUGGGAGAUGAUAAAAAAAAAUUGUAAUGUGCCAGACAUCAGAGACCAUUUAGCACUUUGAUGAAAUGCAAGUAAACAGUGAGGUAAAGGGAAAUGGCACGAUGGUGUGUAGGAGGAUGAAGCAGCAAUAAGGAGAGGACAGCUGUAAGCUAGAACGAGAUGGUCAGCUUUGGUAGGGAAUGUGGAUUUGUCGAAGGAAGGAGAUGAUAUUGCCUAGGGAAGAGUAUAGUGGUUCUGCAAGGGAGCAUGAACAGAAGCUAGAUCGCAAGUGUAGGGUUGAGUACGAAGGAGUGCUUGCUCUCGAGAACUUUAAUAGGAAAUACCCAACAACAUUAUGGGAACAAGAAAAUAACCCCGAAGUACAAUCAGAAUUUAAAACUUAUCAAGCCCUGCUGAGGAGAUCCGCCCCUAAGCUAUCUUUCCCAGCAAUAUGAACAAUGCGGAACUUGUAGGGCUGUAAACUCAAGAAGCAUCUGAGUAGGGGAGGCGGUGGCUGAACGGAGAGCGAGACGGCCCCGCGUUCAGGAGGACGCGAGCUCAAUCCCCGACCGCUGCCACCAAGCUGUGAUUUUUCAGCCAACGCCGAGUGGCUUAAAACUACCCACAUGCUGUCCAGAAGACCACCUAUCAACCCGGACUCUAGAUUCUAGGAUUAAAGAUGA